AAAAAAGAGAGACUCGAGUAGUUUGACUUGGGCUAGAAGGAGCAUAAAAAUUUAUACAUUCUCUCUCAUUUGCUUCUUCCUUCAUUCCAAACAAACAAAUAUGAAACCACCUCCUUAUUUUUCUGUAUCUGAACCCCAAUGUCGUUUGUCCGAUCCGGCUCAGCCACACAAGCUUUGCCGCCGGAGACGGCGAUCUCACGGUCCACUUUCUAUCUGCUUUUCGUGCAAAGGCAAGCAUUUAGAGGGUAGAAAGUACUAUUACUAUUGUGCUACUUGCAAGUUAGAAUUCCACAGAGGCUGUCACCUCCUUCCGCCGGUGAUAAGACACCCUUUUCACCCCUCUCACCUUCUCACCCUCAUCUCCUUACCACCUGGUUUUGAUAUUUCUAAGAUACCCCGCAAUACCGACGACGGCUCCGCGGCUUCAGAAAGAUCGAUAAACGAAACUGACGAUGAUGAUGACUCUGAAGACGGUGGCCAUGAUGAUGAAGAUAACAAUUUUGUUGACGAUGAUGUUAUUGUUAAUGAUGGUGAUGGUGUUGGUGAAGAUCGUGAUGGUGACAGUGAUGGGGAUGGUGAUGGUGGUGAUGAUGAUGAUGAUGAUGAUUUUCAACAAGAUAUUUAUUAUCGUGUAAAUGGUUAUGAUUAUUAUUAUAAUAACUAUGAUGAUGGAGAUAACGCUGCCUAUGCCUCUAUAUCCGAUGGAAAUGAUCACCGCAAAUGCAAAUGUUGUCAAGAUCCUUUAAAAAAGGUACAUUAUCAUUGUUCUAUCUGCAAGUUCAAUCUUAACCUGAGUUGCUCGAUGAGACCACCACCUCCCACUAUCUCACAUUUGAAAAGUCAUGAGCACACCCUCACCCUAUUCCCUAUACGACUCCCUUCACCAUGUGAUGCUUGUGGUUUGUCUCUAAGCGACACCAUAGACCUCAUCUACGCUUGUCUCCCUUGCAGCCACAUGAUCCAUAGAUCAUGUAUUUAUUUACCUCGUGUCAUUCAGAUCACCCGACACCCACACCGUCUCUCUCUCACUUCCUCCCUUCAAGUAGGUGAUUUCUCUUGUGGAGUUUGUCGCCAGACCGUGGACAUCAACUACGGGCACUACUCUUGUAACAAGGGAUGUAACUAUGCUGUCCACUCGAAAUGUGCAACAAGGGAAGAUGUGUGGGAUGGAAAAGAUCUUGAAGGAGUGCCUGAAAAACCCGAUGAAGAUAUCGAGCCAUUUGUUAGGAUUGAUGAGGAGACAAUUCAACAUUUCAGUCAUCAUGAGCAUUAUAUGAAGCUCCAUGAAAAGGAAACCAUUAGCGAGAAAGACAAGUUUUGUGAGGCAUGCACCCUUCCAGUAAUGAUCUCUCAGAGAUAUUAUGGUUGCACGGAGUGUGAUUUUGUACUCGAUGAAGCAUGUGCUUCUCUUCCUCGGAAAAUAUACAACCCACUACAUAAACACCCUCUUACCCUCCAGCCCUUCCCUAUUGAUGAGACAUCCAAUAUCGCAGAUAAUAUUUCUACCAAAGGCAUAUUUGAAUGUGAUGGUUGCCACCGAUUAGGUUGUGGGUUUGUGUACAGAUGCAGUAAAAGAAAAUGUGUCUUUCGACUAGACGUGAGGUGCGCUUCUCUUCCGGAUCCUUUUAUUCAUGACUGUCAUCCACAUGAUCUCUUCUUCAACUCGACCAAAGGUAAUUGCAUAGGGUGUGGUUCUGAUGAGUGUUCAUCCUAUUUCCUAGAGUGUAUUAAAUGCAACUCCUUUUUGGGUAUAAGAUGUGCGUCUUUGCCUUUUGAGGCACACUACAAACACGAUAGGCAUCCACUCAUUCUUUGCCGUGAUGAAGAUACAUCAAGUGGCCUCUACUGGUGUGAGAUUUGUGAAUCAGAAUUAGAUCCAAAAACAUGGUUUUAUACAUGUGAUUUUUGUACGAUCACUCUCCAUGUCAACUGUUUACUCGGAAAAGAUAUGUACAUGAAGCCCCAAUACAUCUUCAAAAUAGGUUAUCGUCAUCGUAAAGUUGAAAUUGCUCGCAAUGAUGGUAACUCUCGGCUCUUUUGCACUAGAUGUAAACGUCAUUGUAUGCAGAAUUUGAUAUACAAGAGGAUAGGUAGAGACCAAAGCUAUUGUACUCUGAAAUGCUUUGGAGCUAGGCUUAUGCUAGAAUUAUUUUGAGAUAAUGAGAAGACGAUGUAUGAUACGAAGUCUGAGUCUGAAUGAGCCACUGAAAAAAUAUUUCAAUUUCGUGUAUUUUCAUGUUUGAUAAUUUGAUUAAGUCUUUUGGUUUC